AAAGUAAAAGAAAAAAAUAAUAAUAAUAGAGAUAUAAGUUUAGAGAACAAAAUUCGCAGCGCAAUCUUCGCCGGCUCCGGAGCCCAGAUCACGAAGUACCAGAACGACGGUACACAGAUACUCUACUCGUCUUUACAGUUUUGUUCUCACUCCGAUCGAAGUUUUCAGCUCUUAAAGUUUGUCAGAUUGCUCUGUUUUUCUGGGGAUCAAUUAGUGGGAAAAAAUGAGCUGCUUUAGCUGCUGUGAGGAAGAUGAAAUUCAGAAAGCAGCUGACAAUGGAGGCGGGUAUGCAGGAAAACAAAAUACAGGAAACAAUGGGGGUUAUCAUAAACCCGAAGCUGCACCAGCAGUCACUCAAGCUGUCAAAAUGCAACCAAUAUUAGUGCCUACCAUACCCUUCGAAGAACUGUCAGAAGUAACAGACAACUUUGGAAAUGAAGCUUUGAUAGGAGAGGGUUCAUAUGGGAGAGUAUACUAUGGGAUGCUUAAAAACGGGCAGCCUGCUGCGAUCAAGAAGUUAGAUGCAAGCAAACAGCCUGAUGAUGAGUUUUUAGCACAGGUCUCCAUGGUCUCGAGGCUGAAGCAUGGAAAUUUUGUUCAAUUGCUUGGUUAUUGCGUUGAUGGGAGUUCACGCAUACUAGUAUACGAGUAUGCUUCUAAUGGAUCACUUCAUGAUAUUCUUCAUGGAAGAAAAGGAGUGAAAGGAGCACAACCAGGUCCCGUUCUAUCAUGGGCACAACGUGUGAAAAUUGCUGUGGGGGCUGCUAGAGGACUCGAGUAUUUGCAUGAAAAGGCUGAGUCCCACAUUAUCCAUCGUGAUAUUAAGUCCAGCAAUGUACUCAUCUUUGAUGAUGAUGUUGCUAAAAUUGCUGACUUUGAUUUGUCCAAUCAAGCUCCUGAUAUGGCAGCACGUCUUCACUCUACCCGUGUUCUUGGAACUUUUGGCUAUCAUGCUCCUGAAUAUGCUAUGACUGGUCAAUUGAAUGCCAAGAGUGAUGUAUAUAGCUUUGGCGUAGUCUUGCUUGAACUUCUGACAGGGAGAAAACCUGUAGAUCCUACGCUUCCACGAGGACAACAAAGUCUAGUUACUUGGGCUAUUCCAAAGCUGAGUGAAGAUAAAGUUAGGCAGUGUGUCGAUGGAAGGCUUGGCGGAGACUACCCCCCAAAGGCGGUUGCAAAGUUAGCAGCUGUUGCUGCCUUGUGUGUGCAGUAUGAGGCAGAUUUCCGGCCAAACAUGAGCAUUGUUGUCAAAGCCCUCCAGCAUUUAUUAAAUGCCCGACCUGGGCCUACAGGUGAUGCAUCAAACUCGUAAGUUCUAUUCAUCUCAUUCACUGUAUCAAUUUGCAUACAAGCGUAUAAGAAGGAAAUUGUAUCUGAAGAAAGUAAAUUGUUUGGAUAUUUAAUACGUUUUCUAUUGAUUCACGUGUUAUAAGUCAUCUGUAUCAAAUCACGGCUCCCAUGUUUCAGUGUAUUCUAUUUUCUUUUUAGUAUCUGGUUAGUUCGUGGAAUCUAAUAUUGUUUAGUUGUAAGCAUUGCUAGAGGGGGAUAAUGUAUAUAAAGACCAUUCUGUAUCAGUUAAAUAAUAUUGAAUUUUCACUUCUGCUCUCUUUCUAAA